GUCCGCCAUGAUUGUUUGCUAACGGAUGGAGCGAGGCGAACGCGAACUCGUGAAAUCUCGCGUUGAGUGGCGGAAUCGUCACCAUAGCAACUUCAAACUUUUUCCUGCUGAAUGUGAGCAAGUGAAGCAAUGAGUGGAAGAAAACAAGAGAAAGAUGAGAGUGAUGAUGACUUUCAGUAUGAGGAAGUGUCUUUAGAGGAUGAGUGGAGUUUGACAGAAGGGGAGGAAGAUUUGGAGGCGACGGUGAAAGCUAUCCAAGACCGGGCAGAGGCCACUGCUGCUGCGGGUGCUGCUCCCAGGCCCGCCGCCACCUCCAGCACACACCAACCUGAAGCUUUGGAUGACUUUUUACGCAACUUUCUUUCACAAAUGAGCAUGACAGAAACACUCGAAUGUUUCCAGACUGAGUGGACCGAGAUGGUGCAGAAAGGGCAGGUGGAUACAGGCCGGGUUGGUGUCGUACCGGAAGUGUACACUGAAAACCAGCGUCUGGAGAGCGAGCUGAAAAACGCGCAGCGGGAGGGGGAUGAGUAUAGACUGGCAGCCGCUGCCGGAGCUGAGACACUGCUCAGGGUCCUGAGAAACAGAGACUUCCACCGGCUGCGACACAAGCGUGUGGUCCAGGAGAAAACCCGGCUCAUCGAGGAGAUGAGGAGGCUGAAGAUGCAGUGCAGCGCCUAUGAACCUGAAGUGAAGCGGAUGAAUGAGAAAUACCAAGCCGCUUUAAAGCAGACCAUGCUGCUGACUAUGGAGAGAGAUAGAGCCUUGGGACAGGCAGCUCAACACAACAUCUCUUCCUGGAAGGAUGCAGGUGAAGAAGGAGCGGUGAGCAGUGUCAACAUGGCAACCCAUCAAGGGAUCCGACCAAGACCUCCGACACCUGCACAUGCUCCAAGGAGUCAGACCAGGGUGAAGUCAGGGAGGGCAAAUGCUUGUUGAAAUUAAUAUUUGGUCUCACAUGUAUGCUGUUAGUGCAGUAAUCAUAUCUGGUAUUGAUUUUGAGUAACUCAAUACACAACAUGGAAGAUAUAUAUUAAAAAAAACAUACGUUUUCUUUGACCAUAUUUCUUAUUCUUGCUUGAUAUACGACUUUAGUUACUCAACAGUCCAAGGUCUCCUUUGUCUCAUUUUGUGCUUCAUAAUGUUCCACACAUGUUCAAUGGGUGACAGGUGUGGACUGCUGGCAGCACAGUCAAGUGCCUGCACUCUUACUCUACAAAGCCAUGCUGUUGUAACAUGCAGAUUGUGUCUCAAUGUCUCGCUGAAAUAAGCAGGGGCGUCUCUGUAAAAGACGUUGCCUGGAUGGCAGCAUAUGUUGCUUUAGAACCUGUAUCUUACGGCAGUCAUGGCGCCUUUACAGAUGUGAGAAUUACCAGUGAUGCCAUGGGCACUAACACACCUCCAUCCCAACACAGAUGCUGGCUUUGAAAUUUGAGCUGGUAACAAUCAUGAUGGUCCUUUUCCUCUUUAGCCCAGAGGACACAACGUCCAUGAUGGACUUGUCAGACCACAGCACACUUUUCCACUUUGUGUUGGUCCAUUUUAGAUAAGCUCAGGCUCAGAGAAGUCGGCCAUGUUUCUGGAUGUUGUUGAUAUAUAGCUUUCACUUAACCUUAUGGAGUCUUGACCUGCAUUUGUCGAUGCAUUGACGAACUGUGUUCACCAACAGUGGUUUUCCAAAGUGUUCCUGAGCCCAUGUAGUAACAUCCUUUAUACAGUCAUGUCGGUUUUAAAAGCAGUGCAGCCUGAGGGGUCAAAGGUCACAGGCUCUCAGUGUUGGUUUUCAGCCUUGCCUCUUACAUGUAGAGAUUUCUCAGGAUUCUCUGAAUCUUUUGAUGAUAUUAUGGAUUGUAGAUGGUGAUUUUCCCAACUUUUUUUGGAACAUGUUGCAGGCAUCAAAUUCAUAAUAAGUAUGAAUUUUACAAAAAGUAGUAAAGUCUAUCAGU